GAGUUAGAGUUGAGACGCCGGAGGAGUAAGGCAGAGCUCCAGCCCGGUUUGGCGCAGCCUUGGCAGAGAGCGGCAAGGAGAGGGAGCUCCAUUAUCACACAGCUUUUGCAGAAGGUAGCAAGUUGAUGCAAGAAGAGCAGGCUCCCCACAGGAAGGAAAAUAAAAGGUCUUGGAGCAACUUACUAAGCAGGUCUGGAAUGGACACAAGUUCUCUGGGAGGAUUAGAACUGUCUGAACAUACUCCUGACCUACUAGCAAAUACCACCAUGGCAGCAGGUCUUGCAAAUGUAGGCAAUACAUUUGCUGGUCCAACAAGUUCUUUAGUUUCUAGACCGAGUAAAUUCCAGAACUCUACUGUAGAAGAUGAUGAUGAUGUAGUUUUUAUUGAACCUGUACAAACGCCACAAAAUUCUACAUCACUGAUAGCAGAACAAAGGAACGCUGCAUUUGCAUUGUCAAAAAAUGACGAACUUCAAGGAGAUGAUUGCAAAAUGCUUCCUCCUCCGAAAGACUUGAAUUCUCAAAAGGGGAGUAUAAGUGAAACUAUUAUUAUUGAUGAUGAAGAAGAUAUUGAAACAAAUCAAGGACAAGAGAAGAAUGCUUCCGGUUUUAAUGAGCGAAGACUUCCAGAGUGUAAAAACAGAGCCAACGAUAUGGAUUUCUCAGCUUCCAGUUUUUCAAGAAGUAAGACCAAGACUGGUGUAGGACCUUUCAAUCCUGGUAGAAUGAAUGUGGCUGGCGAUGUAUUUCAAAAUGGAGAAUCUGUGACUCAUCAUAAUCCUGAUUCUUGGAUAUCCCAGUCAGCUUCGUUCCCUAGGAAUCAAAAGCAACCAGGUGUGGAUUCUUUAUCACCAGUAGCAUCACUACCCAAGCAGAUCUUCCAGCCUUCUACUCAGCAGCCACCGCCGUCUAAACAGGUUAAAGUUACAUGUGCAAACUGCAAAAAGCCUUUGCAAAAGGGACAGACUGCUUAUCAACGGAAAGGAUCAGCUCAUCUUUUUUGUUCUACUACCUGCCUCUCAUCAUUUUCACACAAACCCGCUCCAAAGAAACUUUGUGUCAUGUGCAGAAAAGAUAUAACAACAAUGAAAGGUACCAUCGUUGCUCAAGUUGAUUCAAGUGAGUCUUUCCAGGAGUUCUGCAGUACAUCAUGUUUAUCCUUCUAUGAAGAUAAACAGAACCCUUCAAAAGGAGCUUUGAAUAAGUCAAGAUGCACUAUCUGUGGUAAACUAACUGAGAUUCGUCAUGAAGUUAGCUUUAAAAAUAUGACUCAUAAGCUGUGCAGUGACCACUGCUUCAAUAGAUACAGGAUGGCAAAUGGUUUAAUAAUGAAUUGCUGUGAGCACUGUGGGGAGUAUUUGCCCAGUAAAGGAGCUGGAAACAAUACUCUUACUAUUGAUGGUCAGCAGAAAAGAUUCUGCUGUCAGAACUGCGUUGGUGAAUACAAGCAGAAAUAUGGCAAAUUAACAUCUUGUACUGGCUGCAGAGCUCAGUGCAGGUUUUUUGACAUGACUCAGUUCAUAGGACCUAAUGGAUAUUUGGAGCCAUACUGCUCAACUGCAUGCAUGAACACACACAUACCAAAAUAUGCAGAAUCACGAAGUAUGGAAAUUAUUUGCCACUUUUGUAAACGAAACUCUUUACCUCAGUAUCAAGCCACAAUGCCUGAUGGAAAACUGUACAACUUUUGCAGUUCCAGUUGUGUAGCUAAAUUUCAGGCUCUCAGUGAUCAGUCUUCAACAAAUGGUCAGUUUGUGUCUCCUGGUGAUAUUCAGUUGAAAUGCAAUUAUUGCAAGAGUUCUUUUUGUUCAAAGCCAGAAGUGCUAGAAUGGGAGAAUAAAGUGUAUCAGUUCUGCAGCAGAGCAUGUUCUGAUGAUUAUAAGAAACUGCACUGCAUAGUUACGUACUGUGAAUACUGUCAAGAGGAGAAAACACUGCAUGAGACUGUGAAUUUCUCUGGCAUCAAAAGACCAUUUUGUAGUGAAGGCUGCAAGCUGCUAUAUAAACAAGACUUUGCAAGACGGUUAGGACUGAGAUGUGUUACUUGUAAUUACUGCUCACAGCUGUGCAAAAAGGGAGCAACUAAGGAACUUGAUGGUGUAGUGAGAGAUUUCUGCAGUGAAGAGUGCUGUAAAAAAUUUCAGGACUGGUACUACAAGGCUGCACGGUGUGACUGUUGUAAGUCACAGGGAACUCUCAGAGAGAAAGUGCAGUGGCGUGGAGAAAUGAAACACUUUUGUGAUCAGCACUGUUUGCUCCGUUUCUACUGUCAACAAAAUGAACCAAAUCUGGCAACCCAAAAAGGACCGGAGAACUUGCAAUACGAUCAGGGCUGUCAAACUCCCCGAACAAAAAUAACAGGGUCAGCACCACCGCCUUCCCCAACCCCUAACAGAGAGAUGAAGAACAAGGCUGUUCUGUGCAAGCCUUUGACAAUGACGAAAGCCACGUACUGUAAACCUCAUAUGCAGACAAAAUCUUGUCAGACAGAAGAUGAUUGGAAAAAAGAGUACGUCCCAGUGCCUAUUCCUGUACCCAUCUAUGUCCCGGUGCCUAUGAACAUGUAUAGCCAAACUGUUCCUGUUCCUACGUCGAUUCCUGUUCCUGUGCCAGUUCCCAUUUUCUUGCCCACUACUCUGGACAGCACUGAGAAAAUCUUUGCAGCAAUAGAAGACCUGAGGGGCAAAGUGCCCUCAAAUCCUCUGGAGACGGAGCUACUGACCUUGUCAGGGAUGGUGCCUGAACAUGAGGGAAAAGCAGAAGUUUCUGAUGUGGCCAGUGUGAUAGCUGAGUCCAAUCUACUAAAUUCAGAAACAGAGGCACAGACAAGCUUGCCAGAUGUUCCCUAUGAACCAGACCUCGAUAUUGAAAUAGACUUUCCAAGAGCAACUGAAGAGCUUGAUACAGAAAAUGAGUUUUUAUUGCCUCCUGUUUUUGGGGAAGAAUAUGAGGAGCAACCAAGGCCUCGUCCCAAAAAGAAGGGAGUGAAGAGGAGAGCAGUGUCAGAGUACCAAUCACACGAUGAUAGCUCUGAAAACUCAGAAUGUAGUUUUCCAUUCAAAUACACAUAUGGUGUGAAUGCAUGGAAGCACUGGGUAAAGUCUCGGCAUUUAGACGAAGAGCUUCCAGAGUUAGAGGAACUGAAAUCAACAAAGUCUGUGAAAUUAAAGGAAGAUCUAUUAUCACAUACUUCAGCUGAGUUAAACUAUGGGUUGGCCCAUUUUGUCAAUGAAAUUCGAAGGCCUAAUGGAGAGAACUAUGCACCUGACAGCAUCUAUUAUCUGUGUCUUGGGAUUCAGGAGUAUUUGUAUGGAAGUAACCGAAAAGACAACAUCUUUAUUGAUCCAAUCUACCAGACGUUUGAACAAGAAUUAAAUAAAAUCCUUAGAAGUUGGCAACCAAGCAUACUUCCAGAUGGAUCAAUAUUCUCUCGAGUGGAAGAGGAUUAUCUAUGGAGGAUUAAACAGCUAGGAUCACAUUCGCCAGUUGCUCUUCUGAAUACUCUGUUCUACUUUAACACCAAGUAUUUUGGUCUGAAAACAGUGGAGCAGCACUUAAGACUUUCUUUUGGCACUGUUUUCAGACAGUGGAAAAAAAAUCCUCUAACAAUGGAAAGCAAAGCUUGUCUUCGAUAUCAGGUGUCUUCCCUGUGCAGAGCUGAUAGUGAAGAUAAAAUUACUACUGGGAAAAGGAAACAUGAAGAUGAUGAACCAGUAUUUGAACAGAUUGAAAACACGUCUGAUCCAACUAGAUGCCCUGUGAAACUGUUUGAGUGCUAUCUGUCUAAAAGCCCACAGAAUCUGAAUCAGAGGACGGACAUGUUCUAUUUGCAGCCAGAAUGCUCUGUCUCCUCAGAUAGUUCUGUCUGGUACACUUCCACCUCACUGGACCGCAACACUUUGGAAAAUAUGCUCGUACGGGUUCUUUUAGUAAAAGAUAUUUAUGAAAAAGACAAUUAUGAACUGGAUGAAGACAUAGAUUAAAACAAACUUCCAAAAACAGUCAAGAAAACAAACAGCAUUAGAUAUAGUCACGCUGCUAGACUUUUAUUAUGGAGAACAUUUCAAGUUUACCCUUUGUUUUAUGAGUUUUGUAGCAUUGUGUACCCUCACCCGGGUAUUAACAUGUAAAUAGUCUGUGAGUGAAAGUUUCCAUUAUUCUGCGUAGUGAUGCUAGGAUACAUAACAAACACAUUUCAGAUUCUUUUUUUUUAUUAUUAUUUAUUUGACUAGAUAUGUUUGUAACUUUUUACAUUGCAAAAUAUGAAUGAGAAUGUGCCAUGUGUAAUUUUUUUUUCUCGUAGUAAGAGACAUCCAUAUUGCACAACUCUACUGUUGCAAGCUCCCUUGAAAGGACACUCUCUUUUAAUGGGUUCUUAAACCGAAUGGUUGUGUAUGGGUAGCACUACUAAAGUUUAGAACUUGCUGUGUCUUUGAGAAUUUUUAAAUAAAUUGUAAACUAAUAGGUUUUUUACUUUUUAGUUACUGAAGCCUUAUAAGGUUAUGUAGAGAGAUUCCAUCUUAUGUACCAAAAAUAGACAAAAGAGAAUGCUGUCGAUAUUGGUGUACUGUAAUGUGAAUCUAUUCUGGUGAAAACAUUUUUUUUUGUUGCCCUUAUUAAAACCUUAGUGUCCUUUCCUUAUUUGUGACUCUCUCUCAAUUGCCCCUACAAAUAAUAUAUAUAUACAUAUAUAAAUAAAUGAACAUAAGCUUAAAGCAUGUGAUCAUCAUGACAUGUAUUUUGUUUAAAAAAGGGAGACAAAAGAAAAAAAAAAUCCAAAGGAAAAAGUGGGGAAAAAAAGAAAAAGAGGAAAAUGUCUGAUGACAAUGCUGUAUAAUUCUUUUCUGUCUUUACUUUUCUGACCAUAAAUGCUGGUACCUCAUAUCACUGUAAAUCUGUCCUUUGUAGCCUUAGCGAAAUGAAUUUUGAUGCUGUAUUACAUAAAGUAAUAUGGUAUACUAAAUUUGGACUUGUUUGUUCUUGCAUUGCUGUACUUAAAUACGGUCAGUACUUGACAAUGGGUGGGAAAAUUCUUUUUACUGAUGCCUCCAUACAAAAGCCAUAUGACAUGUGAUGUUGCAGAACGCUGAUAAAUUUUUGAAGAAAAUCCCUUUCAUAUGUUCUGUAUCCUUUCGUUGUGCUUAUUCUGCAUAAGGAGUCUGAUUUCCAGAUCUGCUCAAGUUUUGUUCCUUGUUCUUGUUGAACUGAUGCAAGCAAUGUGGUGGCUCAUGCAAUGAUUUUGCUAUUGUUCUGAAAAAAAAUGUGGUAAAAUAUUCUCCUAUAAAGUAGUCAUUAGUUUUGCUUUCUUAACUGACUUCAAGUGUGUUGAGAAGAAUCAUUUAUUAAAGAGGGAAAUUUUCUGUCUGUGUAUGUAUGUGUAUAUAUAUAUACGUGUGUGUGUGUGUAUAUACACAUACCACCUUAGAGCUCAUUUCUUUCAAGGGCUGCAUGACUUUUUGGUUUUCCUUAGCUUAAGAAAAAUGCACUUGGAGACUCAUCUUUCUAUACAGAGAAAUAAAGCUUCGGUUGCUUUGUUUUGUAAA